AUGCGCUAUCUAUGCCGCGAACCUCGAAAUUGCUCUUUAAUUUCAACGCUAACAUGUAAAUUACUGUUUGCCCACUGGAAUUCUCCUAUGAUGAAUAAGUAUUUUCUAUUGAGUCUUUGGUUUUUGGUGUACUUUGUGUCACCUGGGUGGUUCGAUUCGUCGACAGAGAGAUGUUUCUGUAAGGUAGGUACUGUUUGUGGCUGGCAAAGACAGGUCCAUGUUUGUGUUCCUGUAAUUGCUGAAGCGAGCCACCGGCCAUCAGACAGCUGGUUCGCUUGGCUGAAUCUUAAAUUUUAACUGUACAGUAGAAUUUCAUACAGUAUUCUGGCAGUUUUUUUUUAUCGUAUCCAGGAAGAUUAUUUGUUAUGGAGGAAAAAAUUCAACCGAUUGUCCACGAAAAAUUACAGCAAUUGUGUCCGAGAGUGAAGUCAUGUUUUGAAAUUAUAUUUGAAUCAGUAUGGUGUCACUCUGAAAUCACUCGCCAUAGCGACAUUCGACAUGUAAACACUUAGAAGCUACGAGUACAAAAUUUGUAGGAGCUUCUGUCAAGCAUGUAAAUGUAUACAAUGAGCUUUUAUCGAUCGGAAAGUUAUGCAAUUCGACACAUGAAAUUUAUAUGUACAUGUACACAAGAUUGUGUGACCUUCACUCGCAACUAUUUUUUUUCCUCGCUGAUGAGCGGAAAAUUUCUCUCAAGCCCCUGGAAGUCCUGUUGUUAUUUUUGAAUCAAACUGUAAACUUGAAUGAGAAAAAUAAAAAUUAUACCCUCCCUUUUGUCAAGUUUCCUCGUGGCCGAUUGCAAUUGGUUUACUAUCGAAUGAAAAAUUUUAAUUUAGUGUUGACUGGAAGCGACAUGCAGAUGUAGCAGAUGUUGUUUUCCUUGACCGUGAUGAGUAUUCCACCAGUGAACUUGUUGGGACAAAUUUAGGCCAAAUACAUCAGCAAGUAAAAUUUUCCUAAAAUAUUUUUGCGUCGAGCAAAACUUAUCGCAAUUAAAUUUUGCAGACUCCUGUCAAAUGAUAUUGACAAGUUCUUAACCUGAGUGGUUUAAUGAUAAUGGGGUACACUUUACAUUCCACCUGCAAAAAAGUGAAAAAGUCAGUCUUUUUACAAGGUGGCAUUUCAAAUAGAAAAUUGACCCUUCAUUAUCAACUCAACUAAAAAUAAUAAAUUAAGAAAAAAUUGUGGCAGAAAGUGGUAAAAUGAAAAGUUCUGUUUAUUACUUAGUUGUGUGGGUAUACAUAUUCAUAUUAUUGUCAAAAUUUUCAUAUUGUCAAGCCAAUUGUUUGUUGACUUCCUCUAUUUCUUCAAAGGCCCUUUUGUUUUAGUGAGUGAUUUUUUUUUUCUGUUUAUAAUGAAGUAUUAAGUCUUUUUUGGGAACCAUUAAUUUUGUCCAUGUUUAUUGAAGCUAUUUUACACAUUUCAGUUUUAUCCUGAAAGUAAAUUUGUUCAGCAACCCACUCUAAACUUAAGGAGACCUCAAAUGCAUUAAAAUGUGAAGGAUUUCUUUUAAAAAGCCAAUAUUAAGUGAAUCAUUCCUUUUGUAAAUCGUAUAUUUGUAGACUAGAUGCGCUGUUGAUCAAUCAUAUUCUUGUUCAUGUUAUACUGUUUUUCAGAUACUUCUUUCCUCUGACGAUUUGAAUCCAAUAUAUCAAGAAGAUAAAAUACCCUAACAAUGAAAUUUUUAAACUGAAACUUUGAGACAGAACGUUUUGAAUAUGUAAAUAUCUAUAAAAAGAGUGGAUGUGCACUUAACUCUUUAACUUGCAGAUCAAAUUUGUCAUUCUCCUUACUGUCAACCAUACAAUUCUUAUAAUGUUAGUUCAGAGAAUUUAGUAUUGGAUCAACUAAUUAUCCCCAAAUUGAUAGUUUUCUUUAUUUCCAUCACUUAUCUGGUUGAUAUUGUAUUAGUAUUGUAAGGAGAAAUUCUGUCUUGGUUACUCAUGGGAAUUAAAGGGUUAAGUUAGUGUCACGGGACAUGGAAAAGUUACCUUCAAAUAUGAGAAAACUGGGUGAAAUAUGCCAGUAUUUAAUUGAAUUAUUUACUUGGUAAAGUGAUUUCGAUUUGCUUCAUCUUACAUGUAAUAUCAGGAAAUUGGAAUGCUAUAUCACCCUAUAUAAUUGAUGAGUUUAAUUUCCUUCAGAAUAUAGGUAAUAUAACUGAACCUCUAGCAACCAAUUUUUACUCUGUCUCCUUAAUAAAUCUGUCUUCUAUUCACUAAAUAUUAUUAAUUCAGUAACAUCAAUAGAGUAGGGCUGGAAUUGUACUUGUUUAUAAGGAAAUGUGUAUUUACCAGUAGUAAUAAAUUAAUAGUCGUGAGCUACCAUUAAUUUUUGUCAACUUGAUUACAGCCACUCCUCAAGAAUGAAAAUUGCAUGUGUGUAAAAUGAGGGUGUGUAGAAGUACCUCAUACUACUGUGUGUAGUACCUCUCGCUACUGCCUAAAAUUGCUUGGAAUUCCUGAAAAUAUAACAAGGAAAAGGAUUGCUCUACUGGUUUGCAAAUUUCUUUAACCUGCUGUGCUUAAAAUAUGGGAGAAUUCUGACAACUGCAUAAGAGAAGCAAGUGCUGAAAUGAGCAGCAUAUGUACAAAAUUUGAUAUUGCUGCAUGUGUGUCAAACCACAGCGUAUCCUCCAGUUGUUGUUUUGUAGAUUGCACAUUUAUGGAAUUGAAAAUUACUUUUACUAAUUGUCUUCUGCUUUUGUUAUGCUUAGUUAUCAGGGAAACCAGAAGAGUGUUGUUGUGAUGUAGAGACAGUGGAUCAAAUAAACAAGGAAAUUCAUCCAGUCAUAAGUGAACUGGUUACAAAAAAUUUCUUCAAGUUUUUCAGGGUAUGGAACAUUACAAUAUCAUUACUGUACUAGGAUUGAAUAAAAUGAAUGAAAUUUUCUAACAAAUUUUUAUAAUAAUAUUGGAAUCUGUAUGACACUGUUUUCUACAAGUCCUUACAAACUAAAUAUGCCUGAUUAAAUUCCCAUCUGUCAUAAGAAAUUCUACAGAAAUAAAUACUGAAUCAGGGUAAUAAAUUUAUGCAAGAGAUUUCCUUGAUUUAAGUCUAUUUUACACUGUAAAAGUUGAUACCAAAAACAUGUUUCAAAAUCUUUAAAACUUUGCUUUAUAUUAGUUUUGUGGUCUUAAGUUACAGUUGCUUUUACAUUGUAAAUUAAACAGAAAUUUUGUUUGAAUUUUCAUAGGAAAAUUAAGUAUAAUGACCAUUUAUUUAUUUUUGUUGAAGGUUAAUCUCAACAGGCCAUGCCCAUUUUGGCCAGAUGAUGGUGCUUGUGCUCUGAAAGAUUGUUCUGUAUCAGCUUGUAAGGAGGUAUGGGUGAUUGAUACAUUUUAAUCAGCUACAUGUGCAUGUAAUGGUGGUGACUUUACUCUGUUGUAAAUAAGAAUAUGAUAACAAGUGUUCAUGCAAAUUGUUUCAUGUUUGAAAUUAAAUGGUGGAAACACAUUUGAUGCGUCUCACAGCAGUAUUUUGUAUGGAUAAAAGGGAAAUGAAACAUACAAUUUUUUAGUUGUUUGCGUAUGAUCAUGAACCAUUUGUGUAUCUGUUGUUUGUAAUGGCAACAGGACUGAGUGGAGUCCAAUUCAGUCUACUAUAAUUAUACAAGUAAUUACAAAAUUGGUUGAAUGUGCAGGGGGAGUCCGAUGUGUUUAUCACAGGUACAGAUAUAAUGUUUUGUAUUGUAAUACAUUGUAGUUUAUUAUAUAGGUACUGAUGAAAUACCACGAUUUUUCCUUUUACUAAAAAAUCAUAUCCUUACACACGCUGUGAAGAUACUAUUUUUAUCUUUCACAUGUGAGGAUAUUGGUGUUGCCAUGGUUACUAAAAUGAUUAGCCAAUUACAAGAGAGCUUCCUGCUCAGGCACAUGGCGGGUUCUUUUGAAAUUUUAUGUAGGUAUUUCAUCAGUGUCUAUAAAAUACAUACAUUAUAUAUAUAUAUAUAUAGUGUGAAAAAUGUUUGCUUAUUAUAGUAUUGUCAAAGAUAAUAUUGUAUUUAUUAAGACCCUAUAUGACAAAUGUUUUAAUUUAUUAAGACCAGGAGGAAAUUUCUGCCAGGAGGAACUUCCUGAGGGCAUCAAAGCUGAGGUAAAUGUUGAGAUUUAGUACUGAAGCCAGUAUAUUAUUUUGUCUUUUGAUUUAGGCUUAAAUGUACAUGCAUUAGACAUUCAAGUGUUUAAUAAUAUAAUGGUUCUUCAUAUUAUUAAGCUCCAAAUAAUAUCAUCUAGAUGGUGAAUAUUUUGGCUCUACCUUUCAUGAAGAGACAGAGCCUUGGCUGGUACAUGGAACUGGAAAACUUAAAAAAAAACUCGUACAAAAUUUUUUUCCAUUUUUUCUAAUCAUGCAGCCUUAAAUGAGAGUUGGGGCAAAUUUGACAAUUGUGGCUACUUUAUUUCCCUGGCUUCUUGAAUCUUUAGUUAGCUUAUAACUCUAACUUUCUUUUGGCAUUAAUCACUUGAAAUCUAACAGGGGAGACGGCCAGGUAAUGGGAGUUUAAACCGUAAGGGAAGCACACAUAAAAUGCAAUCAAACAGUGAGGUAAUUUGAAUUUUUCUAAACUUACAUUCUAUUUUAUCCUCUGCUGCAAGUCAUAAAAUGGCAAUUGUUUGGGGUUUUGUUCACUUGUCUUGCUUCUUUUUUUAUUAUUUAAGUUUUUAAUGUCCUUUUGCAAACAGUUAUUGCUUUAGAAAAUGUUUGUGAUCAUUUAUAUGUAAAACUGAAUACAUGGAUUUAUUGCCAAAUAGUUUUGUUCUUAUUUACUUGUAAAAUUGGUGAAAAAUGGAUUUCAACCAGUUUGAACAUGUGUAUCUGAAUCUUUACAUUCCCUCAAAUCUCAACAGGAUAAAAAAGGUGAAAGUUGCCAGUCUUCAGACAAUGAGACCAUCCUUGGUGAAAUUGACAGUACUAUCAGGUAUUUCACCAUUCACAACAAAUGUUUGCUUUGAUUAUUGAUUAUGCUCUACCUGUUCAGUUACAUGCACUUACUGACUUAGUGGAAUUGUUGGACAGGAUAACAUUUGGCUGGAGUCAUUGAUGACAUGGGAACCUCUCUUUGCUCAGUGCAUACUUCAUGAUCAAGAGCCAAUUAUACUUUCUUGUUAGGCCCAACCCACAUGAAGCUUAUAUAAUAAGCAGUUUUUUUUUUAUUGAAUCUUGCUCUUUCUUUUUAUAUCCCUUCUUUUUUCCGCUGGUAUCUUCCAGGGUUGCUCAGCUUUUUGUAGACUAAGAGCAGACCCCUAUGUGCAAAGUCUGUUGCACAAUUAAAAAAAGAUAAUAAAAUAAAAAAGGAUGUUGGUGUUCCUUGCAGAACUCUGGGAUUGAGGAGCAUGAAAUGUGUAGUUCCUAAAGCACACUUUUCUUGGAAAGCUUAAUAUUAAAUUCUUUGUGUGAAUUUUAUUCAGUGAUGAAGACAAACAAGCAUUUGAAGCAUGGCAUGCUCAUGAUGAUGCUGAAGAUAACUUCUGUGAGUUGGAUGGUGAGUCAAGUAUAAUUAUUUGAGAUUCACGCCUCUUUCUCUCAUUAGUUCUGGAUAUCAAUUCUCCACACUGUCUGCCAUCAAGGUCCUUUAAUGAACUUAAGCAUUCAUUUGCUCUCACUGAUAAAGGGCUAAUGUUUGAAAAUUUGUCAGGUUUGAAGCUCUCUAUGGUGGUUAAUUUGCAUUAUCAACUCAGUUGAUAAAACCAAAAUUAUCCUGUGAUGUUAUAGCUCGAUGAAUUUGUUGUUAAAUCAUACAGUACUAUUUUUUCUCUUCAUCAUCUUUCUUCUUGAAAAUGUAAUGAUGUUGUUAGGAGGAGUUCCUCAUUGGUUAUACCUGGGGUGGAAAGGUCAAAUUUGUGAGCUGGUGAUCAGAAGCCUCUGUGUUAAAAUAUUUCUUUGUUGGGGGUGGUGGGGAAGAGAGUGGGGAAGUAUCUGUCAUCUUGUUACAUGUAGAAUUCUUUUAGGGAAAUAUUUAUUAAAAGUUGUGCAACAAGUGAAGGACAUGAGAUUCCCCUUCCACUUUGCUUUUCUCAGGGAUCAACUUUGUACAUCAGAGGCAAGUUUGCUAUCCCCCUUAAAAUUGUGAGCUUCUUUUGGUAUUUACCUUUUAUUAGGCUUCUCCCAGUGAUAAAGUAUCAAAAUCUUUUUUUUUUUUUUUUCAUCCUUUAGCUCUCUGGUCUAUGGCUACAGGCAUUAGUUUGACUUGACUUCAUCGCCUCUUAUAUUGCAAAAUUGCCAAAAACUGAUUAGCAGUAUUAUUAUUUACAUGCAAAAAAAAUGUAUUUGAUUAUGCACUGAAAUCUCAAUGUAUUCAUUGUAAUUGUGUUGCAGAUGAGUCAUCUUCUGGGAUGGAGUAUGUCGACCUACUGAGAAAUCCUGAAAGAUUUACAGGAUAUGCAGGAUUCUCUGCUCAAAGAGUUUGGAAUAAUAUUUACAAGGAAAAUUGCUUCAAGUAAGUGGCAUUUACAUCUGUUAUCUCCUUGAACUAAGGAGGUAUUUUCUUUGACUCAAGUCUGGUCCAGAAUCAUUGAGAUUUCAUUGAAGGAAAGCAUAUUUUCUUGUUAAAAGAAAGACAAUACUUAGUCACUGUCCUUCAGAAAUAUAUUGUUUAACUUUCUCAUUCACUCAAGCUCAAUUUUGUUUCAAAAAUAAUUUAGUAGUUCGACGAGAUUGAUAUUGGAUCAACUAAUGACUUGAAUCCCUAACUUGAUAUUUUUCUUUGUUCUCAUUGCUUUUUUUCUUGAUAUUGCAAGGAGAAAUUCUCUCUUGGUCACUUAUGGGAGUUAAAGGGUUAAACAUAAAUAAUGCCUGUAAUUCGUGUCAUUGUUUUUCUCUCAGACCGACGUCUCCUUAUGGGAAACGUUAUGGGGUUGUAACAUCCAAAAAUGUUGAUGGUAAGUCAUAGUUUCGUUGUCGUUUCUUUUUGUUUAUUAUUAUUAUUAUUAUUAUUCAGUUAACUAAAGUAAUCCGGAAUAGUUGUAGUAUAGAGCGCUUUUCAAGUCGAAAUAACCAAAACCAAAUUAAACGUAACAGCCGAUCUGAAUAAAGGACAAUAACUUCAAGAGCCAAUGAGAACUCAAAGUAAAAACAGCCAAACUGCCUAAAGCUGAUUUGAUCAGCAGGGAUUUGCUAAAGCAAAGGCAUAGAAAAAACCAGGAAAGAUUUAUUACUCGACGUUUCGGGGUCAUCGUGACUCCAUUAUCAAGAGACUAGUUCAAAAACAUGCAAAUAAGGAAAGGUACAAGAAUAGCAUAAAUUAGAAUGAACGGCUUAAACAAACACCUUGGCGCGGAUGGAAUCCGUUUGCACGUUCAGUGUUGGCUUACGCAUGCGAAUAUACAACAUUUCAUUAACAAGGCAAUCAAAUUUGCCGUUACAUUUCGCGAUGACGUUGAAUUGCUCGAUCAAGCGUUCAGGCAUUUCACUAUUGUGCUGGAGGUGGUAGUGUUUGUAGAUGGAAGAUGAUUUCCUUGUGUGCCCUUCUACGCGCUCGUGUAAGUGACCACGAGUAUAGCCCACAUACCCUGCAUCACACAGGUUACAUUGAAAUUCAUAAACGAUACAUUGUUGGUUAACAAUAGGGGGCUUAAUUUCGUGUUGCUUAAGCUGUUGAUCGAGCUUAGGGCUAACGAACACUGGUUGGACAGUCACGCUUAACUUCGAGCUUAGACUGUUCAGUUGUUGUUUAACAUGAUUAGCUGACGACUGGUCCUUGAAGGGUAACACUAAUCUCACAAUCUCCGAUGGUACGUCUGGUGAUGGACAGGGAUCUGCAGAUGAAAUCCUUCUCUCAACGAACCGCUUAAUUGUAGUUUCAACCAGUGGCUUUGGGUAUUUCAAGUUAUGAAAAACCCUUCUAAGGCGGUCACAUUCCUCGGAGAAGAAAGACCAGUUAGAAGAUAAUCGAUAAGCGCGAUCCACCAUGGUGUUAACUAGGCUGCGCUUGUACUUAAUGUCAACAUGACUCUGGAAAUGCAGAAGGAGACCCGUGUUGGUUCUUUUGAUGUAGACCUUGCUCUCAAUCUUUGGUGCACGGUUAAGCAGUUCAGUUCCUAGAAAGGGAAGGGAUCCUUCCCGUUCGACUUCCAUGGUAAACUGGAGGGAGGGAUGGGUAGAGUUAAGGGUGUCUAGAAACUGGCCAGCGGUCACCCUAUCAGGCAUUACGGUCAGGGUGUCAUCGACGUACCUCCGGUAAUAGCGCGGAAGUUGACCGUGUUGUUCGAGGUUUUCCUCAAUCGAGCACAUGAAGACGUUAGCCAGCAACGGUCCAAGGGGAGAACCCAUAGCGACUCCAUCUGUCUGCUCAUAUAAAGCACCGUCAAACUGGAAAAGCUGGUUUUUCGUAGCUGCUCGGAGGAGGUCGAUUAGGUCCGCUUUAGAGAUGUUCAAGCUGUGCGUCUCGUUGAACCAAUCCUGGGCAAAGGCUUUUUCAGCUAAGAUCUGUAUUGUUUCCUCCAAUGGUACAUUUGUAAACAAUGAGGUGACGUCAUAGGAAACUAAAAUUUCGCCGUUCUUGAUCUCGAAGCCUCGUACUUCAUCAGCAAAGCGGAAUGUGUCUGUCACUGUAUAUUGGUUGCACGACAGGGGUUUCAAUUUGUCGUCAAGCCAUUUCGCUAGCGAGUAAUUGUAGGUGUUAGUAGCAGAGAGUAUUGGCCGCACGGCCAACUGUUCUUUAUGUGUCUUCGGCAAGCCAUACAAGUGUGCGAGUCUGGACCCUUUCGGGCGGAGAGCGUCAGCAAUGGAUUUCGGUAGAAUCUUUCGAACGAGAGUUUCCAACUCCCUUUCUUUCUGAAGGAGAGGGUGGUAAUACUUAGGAGGUCGUCCUCUGGUUCUCGGUCUCUCCGAGUCGACGGAGCAGACAGAUGGAGUCGCUAUGGGUUCUCCCCUUGGACCGUUGCUGGCUAACGUCUUCAUGUGCUCGAUUGAGGAAAACCUCGAACAACACGGUCAACUUCCGCGCUAUUACCGGAGGUACGUCGAUGACACCCUGACCGUAAUGCCUGAUAGGGUGACCGCUGGCCAGUUUCUAGACACCCUUAACUCUACCCAUCCCUCCCUCCAGUUUACCAUGGAAGUCGAACGGGAAGGAUCCCUUCCCUUUCUAGGAACUGAACUGCUUAACCGUGCACCAAAGAUUGAGAGCAAGGUCUACAUCAAAAGAACCAACACGGGUCUCCUUCUGCAUUUCCAGAGUCAUGUUGACAUUAAGUACAAGCGCAGCCUAGUUAACACCAUGGUGGAUCGCGCUUAUCGAUUAUCUUCUAACUGGUCUUUCUUCUCCGAGGAAUGUGACCGCCUUAGAAGGGUUUUUCAUAACUUGAAAUACCCAAAGCCACUGGUUGAAACUACAAUUAAGCGGUUCGUUGAGAGAAGGAUUUCAUCUGCAGAUCCCUGUCCAUCACCAGACGUACCAUCGGAGAUUGUGAGAUUAGUGUUACCCUUCAAGGACCAGUCGUCAGCUAAUCAUGUUAAACAACAACUGAACAGUCUAAGCUCGAAGUUAAGCGUGACUGUCCAACCAGUGUUCGUUAGCCCUAAGCUCGAUCAACAGCUUAAGCAACACGAAAUUAAGCCCCCUAUUGUUAACCAACAAUGUAUCGUUUAUGAAUUUCAAUGUAACCUGUGUGAUGCAGGGUAUGUGGGCUAUACUCGUGGUCACUUACACGAGCGCGUAGAAGGGCACACAAGGAAAUCAUCUUCCAUCUACAAACACUACCACCUCCAGCACAAUAGUGAAAUGCCUGAACGCUUGAUCGAGCAAUUCAACGUCAUCGCGAAAUGUAACGGCAAAUUUGAUUGCCUUGUUAAUGAAAUGUUGUAUAUUCGCAUGCGUAAGCCAACACUGAACGUGCAAACGGAUUCCAUCCGCGCCAAGGUGUUUGUUUAAGCCGUUCAUUCUAAUUUAUGCUAUUCUUGUACCUUUCCUUAUUUGCAUGUUUUUGAACUAGUCUCUUGAUAAUGGAGUCACGAUGACCCCGAAACGUCGAGUAAUAAAUCUUUCCUGGUUUUUUCUAAAGCUGAUUUGGUCUUAGUUUUGCAUCUGAUUGGUUCAGAGAAAGGCGCGAGUUUUCUAGACCAAUCACCGAGCGAAGAAUAUGAAACCAAUGCAAUAUUCGAAUUACCUUUGACAGUCAUAUGAAAAUAGCGCAAUCAUAAUACGGACUCAACAUCAACAAGGAAGGGGAACAAAUUUAUUCUUUGGUUGCAGACACACUUCAUUUUGUUGAUAAUUUAAAGUAGCUUAGCACCCCUAGCACAGAUUUCAAAUCUUUGCACAAAAUUUGAGCUUGAUAUGCUGAUUACAUUUUCAGUUAUGAAUAUUGGAGGUCAUAAAACUCGUUUUCUAAUUACAGGCAUACAAAGCUUGAUUUAAGGGUUUCUGCGAAAGGAUGUAUUGCUGCAAAUGUUAAUAUAGUAUGUCAAAAACUGCACCUGGGAAUAGUUUUUUUUUUUCAUUCACAAAAUUUAGUUUGACAGAGUUCCCUAGACUACGACUAGUCCUCCUUUUGAUUUUAGCGCGCCGCACGGAACUCUGGGAGUACCUCACUUUAAGAGUGCACAUCAUUUCUUUUUACGCUGGUUUUCUUUGACGCGCGCGAUAUUCUUAGCCAAAAAGGAGACGGGCGCGAUAGACUUAGCCAGAAAGGAAACGGGCGCGACUGCUCGUAGUCCAAGGGUUCCCAUUCAGCACAAAGGUGUUUUUAAAUAUAUACACACUACCAUUCACCUACGUUGUUCCUUUUUUUAACUUUUACUGCGGCAAUUUUGUGCUUUAUCUUAAACAAAAACUACUACGGCGCAUUAAUCUCUAAAAACCGCAUGUUUGUAUUCAUUGUAGAAAUGUGUCUAGAGAAGCGAGUGUUCUAUCGGAUGAUGUCAGGCCUCCAUGCUAGCAUCAAUAUUCAUUUGUCUGCCAUUUACCUAUUUAAAGGUAAGAGUUACCAGAGUGUCCCCUUUGUAGCAUCAAAUGAGCGUUAUGAUUUUUUUUACGUUGCAUGAACGUCAUGGGACUUUUAGACUUCCUUAACUUACGUUUAACAUAAAAGAUGAUGAUAAAAUCUCAGUACUAACGCAUGCAGAUGUAUUUUGUCACUGGCACCUAUUUGUUUUAUAGGUUUUACAACUACGCAGUUUUCAAAAACAUGAAAUCUUUGAAACUGAAAUCUCUGUUCUGUAUCGUACACGAUUUAUUGUUAGGUAAUGGUUUCAUGAAACCAAGAUGGGGUGAGAACGUCGAGGAGUUUAGAAGAAGAUUUGAUCCUGAAACUACAAGCGGGGAAGGUACUGUUUAAGUUACAUGAGAAAAAUUUAAAGCAGAAAUUUUGUUUGAAUAAUCUGGCUUUUGCUUGUGUGGUGAUCUCUCAAUUCUUCGUUUUUUUUUCAGUGGCUAUUUUCAUUCCAUGAAAAGUUAUGCCGAAGGUUUCAAGGGUUUUUUUUUUUCUGCAUGUUUGUUCCGUGGGUAACGGCAGGUCCAACAUGGCUGAAGAAUCUUUACUUUACAUACACUGUGGCUCUGAGAGCCAUAAUCAAAGCGGCUCCAUUCUGGGAACAAGAACAGUUUUACACUGGGGAUUAUGGAGAUGACGUUGAAGUACAAGAACUUGUUCAAGUUCUUCUGGCUAAAUCAAAGUAAGACUGGCUACGUAGGAACAGGGAGAGUCCGUUGAGGAUAUACUUCGACAGUUUCAUGUAGAUGCGCAUGUCCGGUUAGGCCCGGCACAUGUGCAUGUACAUUUACUUGUCCAUGUGCUCAUAUCAGACCAAACGGUUUUAAAGUGUACGCGCUCGCUGUGAACUCAGAUAUUUUAAGUCUUUUAUGAGAACAAGCUUUGUUUCACCGCAGGAAAACGAGAUUAUAACCAGAGAGAAAAUGUGUCUCUUGCUCUGGACACCAGACCCAUUUCCUAUGGAAGAAGAUUCCUUCUCUCACCAGCCUUCUGCUGCUGUAUAAACUAGAGGUGGCAGCUAUAAUUUUCACAUAGAAAAUACUCAGCAUUUGCUGGCCAAAUUCAUGCCAGCUUUCCAGGCUAGUUCAUAGGCUAGUUCAUGGCGUCUUUGCGCGGUUACUAUGCAUUUCAAGCUUCUGCUUGGUCUAAGUCUUUAUUGACACAAGCCUGUGGUACAUGUACUACCAAAUAAGUAAGAAGGAUGUUGUAUUUCUCUUUUGUUUGUUUGUUUGUUUCUUUUCCUUCACUUGCUACAUUCACAAAACCCUUUGUCUUGUUACACCUCAUAGAACCUGUCCAAGCACAUUUGAUGAGAAGCUGAUGUUCAGAGACCCAGGCAGUGCAAAAAUCUUAAAGGUAAGGUAUUCUCCACAACUUAGGGAUCCUGCUCUUUGAUGGGCGCAGCAGCAGCUUUGAAAAUAUCUGACAAAUAACUCGCCACUCUUGUUCUUUUGAGAGAAGAGCAAUAUGUACCGUAUGCCCAUCGUUCAUCACAUGAAAUCAAUGAGGGCUGAUACUUCUCUUUUCUGAAAGUCGAAGGUGCGUACAAGCACCGGUAUGACAAAUUUUAAAAUUGAAUCGUUCUUCGUGUGCCGCCUGAUGAUCUUUAAGUGGGCUGCAGAACAGUCAGGCAGAUGAUGUACAUUUUUGUAGGAUGCUCAGGCAGUGAGAUCUGUGUAGAUUAUGUGUUAUUGAAAGUUGCCCUAUUUUUUUUUUUUUUUUCGUAGGAAGAGUUCAAGCUUCACUUUAGGAAUGUCUCCCGUAUCAUGGACUGUGUUGGUUGUGACAAGUGUCGGUUGUGGGGCAAGCUUCAGGUUUGUUAACCUUCAUUUGUACAGUUUAAUGUAAGAGCUGGAAGUAGACUGCACGGGGAACAACAUAUUUUCACCCCUAGAUUUUUUUCCGAUUUGUAUUAUCCAAUCAGCUUUCAGCAUGACGGCACAUGCGCUAUUCUGGCAGGGUCAUCUUUGUGUGUUACGUUCUUAGGGUAGACACUUUCCUUGAAUUUUCCACCGAAGUAUGAAUGGGCAACAGUGAUGUUAAAAAAAAUCCUCUUUUGAUAGAGAGCUCUGGUCCAGUCUCCGUCAAUGAAGGUUCAUUAAGUGUUUUAAAGUGUAUUAAUUAAAAAGUCCUAAAUUCCAAACCAAAGCUUGCGAAAAAUUUGAGUGGCUCUGAAACUAAACUAAACUCAGAAACGAAUGUCCAUACGUCAUCCACGAAGUGGAGUUCAGCGUCUCUGAAUAUGAUUGACUAAAUGAUCUAUUCGCACGUCGCGCGUGAAAGCGGGUGUAACAUACAUCAACCUUUGAGUGCAGUUCAACGUUUCUAAAUAUGAUUAGUUGAUGUUUUGUUGUGAUACGCAUCCAAAACCAUGAGUUUCAAACUGCUGUUUAUUCUUCGUUAGCGUUGUUCGAAAUCUAUAAGUUACACAUAGUAAGCGUAUCAGAAAAGUAAUUACAGUAAAAUAUAAAUAUAACAAAACACAAUAGUUACCAAAUGGUUGUCUUGCUUGAAGUGUAUCACAAUUAGGAAAGUAAUUAAGUUCGUUAAUUGACUGUGACGUAGUUACAAUUUCAACGAAACAGUUGAAUAAUCUAUUCGCUCGCUUCCUUGAUAAGAUUUGGGGGGUAACUUGCAAGGGACCAGUGUCUCAUGCACUGCCAAGGACACUGGCAGAUAGUGAGCAUUCUUCCUCUCGGCUAUGUUUGUUUGUUUUUUUCAAACAGAGGGCUCUGUCUAAACCUAACCUUUCUUUUUGACCAACCGUAGGUUCAAGGCCUGGGCACUGCUCUUAAAAUCCUCUUCUCUGGUCACGAGUUUGACGACGGAAAGUUUGACAAGAACAGUCAUUUUCAACUGAAAAGAACAGAAAUUGUUAGUUUAUUCAACGCCUUUGGAAGGUAUGAUAAAAACUGGCGUUUGUAAGAAAACGCGGUGCUUAUAAAUUUCGAUCUAUGGUUUAUUUAAAUCGCCAACUGCAACUUCAAAGGAAAUGGAAUCAAAUAUUGGGGCUUGUGGAGAUUGAGAUCGGCUUAAAUUGUUUAUUUUUUCCACUGUUUUUCUUUUAUCAAAAAUUGAUCCGUUAAAAGUGCCUGCUGUGAUAUUUUACUUGGAAACCCUGUCAGAUCUGUAAGCGUAUGAUAUUUCCUAUUUCAGUACCACUAACCUACUUCUUCUUUCUGAACAGGUUAUCCAGUAGCAUAAAUUAUUUACAGAAAUUUAAAUCAAUGAAACACGGGUAA